AUGUUCUCGACUAGAAUUUGCUCCUUGUUGGCGCGUCCAUUUAUGGUGCCAAUAGUGCCCCGCUUCGGCUCUGCUUUGCUGCAGAAGCCGCUAAACGGCGUGGUGGUACCCCAGUUUACCAGGGGAUUCAAGGUCAGAACUUCGGUGAAGAAGUUCUGUGCGCACUGCUACAUCGUUAGACGCAAGGGAAGAGUGUACGUGUACUGCAAGUCCAACAACAAGCACAAGCAGCGCCAGGGGUAG